UCUUACAAUAUGUCAAGAUGUGUGUACAAUGUGACGUUUACUGUGUCUUUACUACACACAACAGCUGUAGCAGUGAGUAUUGAUUAGGUCGUAUUCAGCUCUAGGCUUGAGAGUCACGGCGUCUUCUGCAGUAUUCAAUGAUGAUAUCAUUUUUCAACACGUGUUGCCGUCGUCAAUAAUACAUCGCAUCGAUCGUAAGUCUUUCCUCGUUUUACUUUCACUUUCCGUGUACUGCUCAACAAGAUCUACAAUAUCAGGGAUUACCGUUGUAUUAGACCUUGUGACCCGUGUACGUGUUCCUUCCGAUCUACAAUGUCAGCUCACACCCAUCUGUAAGUUAUGGCAGCAAGAGAAGAACUGGUGAAGGUCAUUGUAAGAUGCCGCCCAAUGAGCGAUUCGGAACACAAAAGAGGAUGUAAGCCAGUGCUCACCAUUGCUGACACGGAGGGAUCGUGUGUGAUAACAAAGCAGGACUCGGACAGACCGGGCAGUAAACAGUUCACCUUUGACCAGGCAUACUCUGGCGACACUACUACAGCACACAUCUACAGCGACAUCGUGUGUCCUAUUGUGAAGAGUGUUACGGAAGGGUACAAUGGUACAAUCUUUGCCUAUGGACAAACUGCCUCUGGAAAGACGUUUACCAUGCAGGGAAUAUCAGAACCUACAACCCAACAUGGCAUCAUCCCAAGGGCCGUGGAAGACAUUUUCAAAAUCGUGUCCUCCACCAAGAGUGAGCAGUGUGUUGUACACUGUUCAUGCUACGAAAUCUACAAUGAAGAAAUCAGAGAUUUAUUGGGGAAAAGCCUUAAAGAGAAAUUGGAUAUUGGAUCUUUCCCCAAUAAGGGUUUCUAUGUAAAAGGUCUCUCGAAACACCCAGUGAAUACAGUGGUUCAGUGCGAGGAGCUCAUGAACAAAGGCUUGAAAAGGCGUUCUACAGGUGCCACAGACAUGAACAGCGAAUCCUCUCGCAGCCACACCGUCUUCGCUAUCAGCAUCGAGACACUGGACCAGAGGACAAAUGGACACAUCAGAGCAGGCAAACUCAACCUCGUGGAUCUGGCAGGAAGUGAAAGACAAAGCAAGACCGGGACCGCUGGUGUGAGGUUCAAGGAAGGCAUCAAGAUUAACCUCUCUCUUCACUGUCUUGGAAGAGUCAUCUCAAUAUUAGCAGAGGGAAAGAACCAGCUUAUACCGUACAGAGACUCCAAGUUGACGAAGUUGCUCCAGGACUCUCUGGGCGGGAAUGCGCGGACGCUGAUGGUGGCUUGUGUCUCCCCGGCUGACUACAACUAUGACGAGACACUCAGCACUCUCAGGUUUGCCAGCAGUGCAAAGACCAUCAAGAACAAGCCGGUCAUCAAUGAAGACCCUAAGGAUGCACUGCUGAGAGAGUUUCAGACAGAGAUACAAGAACUGAGGGCUCGACUUGCAGAGACUGGGGACAAGAAUCGAAUACCAGAUGCCGACCUGCAAGCUUUGCUCUCACAGAAGGAAAGUGAAAAACAGGCAGCCUACUUUGAAGCGGAGAAAGCAGCAAUGCAAAGGGAAUAUGAAGAAAAGAUGGCAAAGAUGAUGAAGGAGCUUGAAGAAGCAAAGAGCAGGCAAGCAAGGCUGGAGGAGGAUGUUAAAAGGAUGAAGGAGUGUCCAGUCAUCACCAUAGAAAAGGAAUGUACUCCCAACGAAGAAAUAAUCCGAGAAUUGCGCAUUGUUCUCAUUGGUAAGACAGGAUCAGGUAAAAGUGCAACAGGGAAUUCUCUGAUUGGAUCCAAAGCAUUUGAUUCCCGUGCAAGCGGAAUAUCUAUCACAAAGGAGUCAAAAUAUGCAACUGCUGAAUACAAAAGCAGGUCGAUUCUUAUUGUAGAUACACCCGGAAUGUUUGACACUCUGGAAUCAAAUGAUGAGAGAAAAAGUGAGAUCAUGAAAUGUAUAGCACUCACGUCCCCUGGAUUACAUGCUGUGGUGUUUGUCACCCAGAUUGGAAGAUUUACCGAGGAAGAUCAGAACACAGUUGAAUACUACAAGGAAUACUUUGGCGAGAAUGUUGUUCACUACAUGAUCAUUGUUUUCACCAGAAAAGACAAUCUUAUACACGAUGGCAUAGCACUUGAAGACCACCUUAGGAGAAGUUCACCAGUCUUACAACAGCUCGUCAAGGACUGUCAGGAUAGAUACAUUGUUGUGAACAAUCGUAAUGAAGAGGAAAAAGAGACGUUUCGAAUGAAUCUCAUUGACCUCAUUGACCGAACGGUUGCCCAUAAUGGUGGAGGGUGUUACACUAAUGCGAUGUUUGAAGCAGCUGAACUUGCAAUGAAGGUAAAAGAAGAGGAGCUCACGGAACAUGUUCAGAUGGAACAACAGGCUGAACUCGAUGCAAUGGAAAAGGCUCGGAGUGAAUUGCUGAUGAAGGAAAAGGAAGAGAUGGAACGAAAGGCUGAAGAGCAAAGGCUUAAAUGCGAAAAGGAAAAGGAGGAAAUACUGCGAGAGACGGACGAGAUGUUGCGUGAAUUGAAACGGAAUGAAGAACUGAAAGCAAGGACUUUUAAAGAGGAACAGGAUCGUCAAAUGAGGAGGGCUCUAGAAGAAGCGGAGAAACAGAAACAGAAGGAAGGAGAACUUAGAGCCAAACUAGAAAAGGAAGCAACAGAGAAGCAGAAACACACUGAACAGGAACUAACAGCAUUAAAGGAAUAUUCACAGAGUGUUAGACUUCAGAAGGAACGUGAUAACAAAGCAGCGCAGAUUGUCAAUGCUGAACGAACUGAGAUUGAGAGAAAGAAAAUAGAAGAACUCAAUCAGAGGAAAGAAGAAGAAAUGAGACUUUUGAAAGAAAAAUAUGAUGCAGAAAUGGACAUGCUGGAGCAGAAUGAUGCACAAAUUAUGAUCACUCUUCAGAUGAUUUAUGAAGAGGAUUAUAAGGAACAUGUGAGAAAGGUGGAACGAGAGGCACGAUUAAGAGCAAGGAGGGAGGCAGAGAAUGAAAAAUCAUUCCUUCAAAAGGUAAUUGAUAAAAUAGGAGCUGUACUGUUUUGAUUUCACGAGACUGUACCAACUGUCCCAAAAAACAGAUAACUGUUUUAGGGGCACGUUUGAUAACUGACCUGUUCCAAGUACAGUACUGUAUAUUGAUAACAGCAGCAUAUGUUUGUGUUCCUUAGAUGUAUACUUUGUAUACAGAAGACGUCUUGACAUAUCAACUACAGAAAAAACAGAUUUCAUGAGAUGUAUGACGUUUUUUUCUGAAUGUCUCGAGACGUAAUCUUUAAUUCAGAGUUGUGAUGAUAUUAUUCUAUAUAUAUUUUUCUGAGAGAGUUGCUGCGCAAUGCCUUAUUAAAAAAUACUCAGAUGACGGCGAUGAGUUCGGAAACAAUGAUGCCAAUAAUGAAUCAAGUGAACAGAAUGGAUGGGUUUGGUGGCAAUCUUUUAAUAUCAUUGAGGAAACAUAAUUUCUUAAAUCUUUUCAUUUGUACACUUGCUAUACAAACAGUGCCAAACAAGAGAAAAACAACGACAAUAUCCAUUGAAGAACAUAACUUCCUUUCUUUUGAGAGUGACAACCAUACAUGAUGUUGGAAGUCUUUGGUGUGACAGAAUGAUUUUACCAGUCUUUUGUUAUGGAUCAGAUGUGUGGGUUUAUGAACAAGUUCAGUCUAUUUUACGUGUACACAUUACGUCCCUUAGAAAAGUGUCCUCUGUUAACACAAGGACAACUAAGGAAGCCAUUUAUGAUGAGCUGGAUAGACAUCCCAUUCAUUUUACCUACAUGUUUAUCGUGAUGAGACACACUGACAUUGACAUAUAUGCCAAGAUGAAUCGAGAAGCAAAACGUGGGCAACUUGAGUGAACAACAUGUGUAAUCUGCUGUACAACUUAGGCUUCGGUUUGGCCUAGGUAGAGCAAAGUAUGGGUUGUCAACCCAAUAUUCUCUUCAUUGUUCAACAGAAAAAGGACGAUUAGUAAAAUGGAAACUGGCAGCGAACUUGCAUUUUUUAGACUUUCAAAAUCCGCAUUAUAACCAGUAACAAUAUAUGUUA